UUACUUAAUUAUCCUCCCACCGACUCGUGCUCUUGCUUUGCUACUCGCAUCGCCAAAAAUGGGGUUUCUGGAACGCGGCAGCGCGAGGUGAUCUCUUCGCCCUCGCGCUCGGAUCGAGAUUUCCGAUGGGGGGCUCCUCGACCUUGGCUUCGAUCUGCUGCUUCCUUCUUCUCCUCAGUCUCGCCUGCUGUAAGACCGUGAAGCGAGACGUAAAAGCAUUAAACGAAAUCAAGGCUUCACUUGGAUGGAGGGUGGUUUAUGCAUGGGUUGGAGAUGAUCCUUGUGGAGAUGGUGACCUUCCCCCAUGGUCCGGUGUUACAUGUUCUCAACAGGGAGAUUACAGGGUUGUGACAGAAUUGGAAGUGUAUGCUGUAUCAAUAGUUGGUCCUUUUCCUACUGCUGUUACAAAUCUACUGGAUCUGACAAGGCUGGAUCUCCAUAAUAACAAGUUGACUGGGCCCAUCCCUCCUCAAAUCGGGCGGCUGAAGCACCUCAAGAUAUUGAACCUGAGAUGGAAUAAGCUACAAGAUAUUCUUCCUCCUGAAAUUGGCGAACUAAAGAAACUAACACACUUGUACCUGAGCUUCAAUAAUUUUAAAGGUGAAAUUCCUGUGGAGCUUGCAAACUUACCAGAACUUCGUUAUCUCUAUCUUCAUGAGAACCGUUUUACUGGAAAAAUUCCUCCAGAGUUGGGAAAUCUCAAAAACCUACGACACCUUGAUGUUGGUAACAACCACUUAACGGGAACAUUAAGAGACCUCAUCCGCAAUGGGGAUUGCUUUCCUUCCCUCCGCAACUUAUACCUGAACAAUAACCAUUUGAGUGGUGGCCUGCCGGAUCAGCUUGCAAAUUUGACCAACCUGGAAAUUUUGUAUCUAUCAUACAACAAGAUGACUGGACCUGUAACUCCAAAGCUUGCUGAUAUUCCAAGAUUGACUUAUUUGUACUUGGACCACAAUGCAUUCACAGGGAGGAUCCCUGUUGGGUUAUAUAAGCACCCCUUCCUGAAAGAGCUGUACAUUGAAGGUAACCAGUUCAAGCCUGGGGCAAAGCCAAAGGGCACACAUAAGGUUCUUGAAGUCGCUGACACCGAGUUUGUGUUCUAAUGAACCCCACAUAAUCCUUUAUUUCUUGAGGGAUUAUCCCCACUAUAUUUUGCUAGAGUCCUGCAAACUGUGUAUAUGAUUAGCUAUGUUUUGUAGUAUAUACCCAAAUAAAUCUGAUAUUCAAUACAGAGUCAUUAUGUUCAAUGAGGAUGCAACUUUUGCGAGUGGUUUGCAGAUUGCCAA